AUGCAUUUCACUCAGGCUCUCGCUCCUCUGGCUUUCGCCACCGCCGCCUUCGGCCAAACCCUCAACAUUCCCGCCCGAAACGGUGCUAUUCAAGUCCUCAAAGGACCUAGAACUCUGUCCGGUGCCAACAAUGACUUCAAGAACCAGGAGUUCGAGCUUAACCGCCCUUGCGACACUGAUGAGGACCUCGGCAGUGAAGGUGCCGUUUUCAUUCUCAACGACGGUGCUACUCUCAGCAACGUCAUCAUUGGAGUGAACCAACUUGAAGGUGUUCACUGUAAAGGAAAAUGUACUCUCAAGAACGUUUGGUUCCGAGAUGUAUGCGAAGAUGCUAUUUCCAUCCUUGGCAACGGUGAUGCCCUGAUCGAGGGUGGUGGUGCUCAGGAGGCUAAGGACAAGGUCAUCCAGCACAAUGGCAAGGGCACUGUUACUAUCAAGGGCUUUACUGUCGUCAACGCUGGCAAGCUCUACCGAGGAUGUGGCGACUGCACCAACAACGGUGGCCCUCGAAACGUCAUUGUUCAGAACGUCAAAGCCAGGGGUGUUUCUAACCUUGUUGGUAUUAACUCCAACUACGGCGAUACUGCCAAUAUCUCCGGUACCUGCGGAAGUGGCGUCAAGAAGGUCUGCCAGGAGUUCAAGGGUGUCAAGAAGGGUGACGGUAAGAGUGAAGAGGUUAGCACCACUGCCAACUGCAAGGGCCAGAGUUCUCUACCUGCUUGCUAG